GAUUCCUCCUGGGGGGCCGGGAGCCUCCGCGUCCUUCUCGCCUCUCUUUGCGGGCGCUUGUGGGGCGGCAUCCAUGGCUUUGGCUGGGCUCCCCCUGGUGCUGCUGGUGGGGGCGCUGGGCCGGAUCCCCGGAAGCGAAGGGGGGAAGGAGACCCCCGCCCAUUUCCUGGUCCAGUGGAUGUCCGAGUGCCGCUUCCUCAACGGGACGCAGCGGGUGCGGUACCUGGAGAGGCAUUUCUACGACCGGCAUGAGAUUCUAUGCUUCGACAGCGACCUCGGGAAGUUCGUGGCCAUCACGGAGUUGGGGAAGGCAGAUGCGGACAAGUUGAACAGAGAUAAGCAGUGGCUGCAGUACCAGAAGGCCGAAGUGGAUAGUCUCUGCCGACACAACUACGAGGUGAACAGCUACAAGGCGCCCAAGAGGGAGGAGCGAGCGAUCGGCCGGAGAAGUGAGUUCUGGGGGUGAGGGUCUCUUCUUCCCUGGGAGGGGGAGGCCGGGACCCCCCUUUCCUUUCCUGGCAUCCACUG